CAGUCAUCCAGAGGCGGCAGUGGCGGUAACAUUGGAGAGCUUGCUGCAGACAAAACAGGGAGUGUUUCCAGAUAGCUGAAGAGGACAGCGAUCUCCUAAGGCCUCCCGCCCCACCAAUUGGCCAUGCUGACCUGCCCUUUGGUGUCCACUAUCCCGACUCUCAGGCUGUUCGGCAUCCUGCUCCUGGUGGUUUCCCUGAAUGCUCACAAUAAAAGCUGGGACAGACCUAUCUGCACCGAGGGCAUCAUGUCUGUGCUUAGAGGCAAUCCUGCAGUGAUGACCUGUAACAUCUCUAACGCCUUCACCGACGUCACCAUCCAGCUGACUGCCCAUGGAAAGGAGGACAGGACCAUCUUCAAAAAAAAGCCCCAAGGAAAUUUCUCUUGGAGUGGGUGGGAGCUCCAAGUUCAAGGGGGGCAGGCACAGCUUGUGAUCAAAGACACCCAAGAUGACCACACAGGGAUAUACUUGUGGCAGUUGCAUGGACGCCAGAAAUAUUACAGAAACAUCACCCUGAAUAUCUCAGAGCCUUCAAACGAGGACAAGGUCACAGACAGGAGGCUCUUCACACCCAGCCCAGAUCCAGUCAAGAGCUCUCUGCUAGAGGACAAGCCUGGGACCCUUGUGGGAGUCAUCAUUGUCGUCUUGGUCUUGGGAGUCAUCGGAAUCAUUAUAUUUGUCUGCUACAGGCACCGUCGUUCCUAGAAGCCCCAGUGGGUAAAAAGAUUCUUAGUCUGUGGCCGGUGGAAGCUGAAGGGAGCUGCCUGUAGAGUUGAUUCCAGAGUAAGGCCACCAGCAUAGGCUUAUCAUGUUCUUAACCCUUGGAGGCCUAUGGAACCCCAAACAUCAUGGAAUCAUCAUUACAUGCUUGACAGAGCAAAAGACUUUGUUCAGUUUGCUGUGCACAAAAGACCUUUCCCUGAGGAUAAUGAAACCCUUGGUUCUGAGCAGAGAGGAGGGGACAGUCACUUGAUGAAGAAGGGCCUUGGAAGCUGGAAAACAGUUUAGGCAUCUUUUGGUCACGUGAACAAGAGUACAGCCUCGUGACUAUGGUCUUCAAUCAUCUGAUCUGCUCCUCAACUCUUCCCUAAAUUGGGAAUUCCCAAGCUGCACAGCUCUUGACCCUCAGCACAGGCUCCUUUUCUUCUGCUAAACCUCUGAGGUCAGGGUCUCUCUACUACCCAAAGAUCCCAGCAUAAGCCUGAUGCUGCACCAAGAUUUGCUUCAAGUAGAACUCAGGGACAUACCUGAUUUCUGACUCACAAUAGAAACAAGUUUGGGAAACGCAGAUGUCAGGUUCCAGGGACCAAAAUAGGGAGACAGGACUUUAAGAUGAAUCAUCUCCCCACUCCAGCCCCUGCAAGGCAGAGUGCUGUCAGGAACAGGGCUCUGUGGAAGGGUAUAGGUGUUGGUUGGCAGAUAUGGCUCUCCUGAGGAUCAGAGAGCGUCCUGGGAUUCCCUGGGGGCCUCUCUUCAGCAGAGCCCCCCAGUCCCAACUCCCUGAUUUAUAUCCACUACCCACUGUUCUGACCUUUUGUCCUGUCUUUUGUUCAAAUUACAAUGUGGUUUUCCCUUACAAUGAA